GACGGCUUUUAUUCGUGUAUAUACAUACAUAAUAUUGCAGUGUACUCCGCUGUGCGUUUUCCUUUCGCUCUCGUUCUCCACUGCACAUAAAAGACUGACUCGCAGUGACGUGCCCUCAUCAAUCAAUAAUUUUUUACGGCACGCAAAUUUGUGUCUGAAUAUGUAAUAUUGAUGGAGAGGCUAUUCUAAAUAAUUAUCCAAAACGUUAUAUACUUCGUAGAAGAAAGAUUAAUGACGCAACUUCAUCAUCCAGCGAAGUAACAUACUUCCAUAUUUUCACUCACAUUGUAUUUGUUUACAUAAUUCUAUAAUGAUUUUUCUAAUUAGAGGACCGAAAGAAUAGUUUCCAUCAGAGAGAGAUUGUUAAUUAUUGUUAAUUCUCAUUUGUAACAUUUUUAUGUUGCUAUUUGUGCAAAUUGCAUCAUGACACUUGUCGAAUACGUGCAAACUCUAUCUGAUAAUCCUUACUUCGGCGCUGGCUUUGGUUUAUUUGGCCUUGGAGCUGGAGCUGCUUUGUUGAGAAAAGGUGUUCAGGUUGGAGCUGUAUUAUUUAGACGACAUUAUAUGAUCACUUUGGAAGUUCCAUGCCGCGAUAAGAGUUAUCAGUGGCUUCUGCAAUGGAUCACGCACAAAGGCGCACGAAAGACACAGCAUCUCUCUGUGGAAACUAGCUUUGAACAGAGAGAGACUGGUCAUGUAAAAACCAAAUAUGAUUUUAUUCCUAGCAUAGGAACUCAUUUUUUCAGAUAUAAAGGCAACUGGAUAAAGGUAGAAAGAACUAGAGAACAACAGACUUUAGAUCUACAUAUGGGCGUACCAUGGGAAACUGUGCAGUUGACGGCGUUUGGCAAAGACAGAAGCAUAUACUUUAAUAUUCUCGAAGAAGCCAGACAAAUGGCUUUGAAAGAACACGAAGGAAAGACUAUAAUGUAUGUUGCCAUGGGGAGCGAAUGGCGACAGUUUGGACAUGCCAGAAAGAGAAGACCGCUGGAAUCGGUGGUCCUAGAUACCGGUAUCUCCGAGAGGAUAUUAAACGAUUGUCGGGAAUUCAUCAAUAAUCCGUCGUGGUACAGCGAAAGAGGAAUACCAUAUCGCCGGGGCUAUUUGUUACAUGGACCUCCGGGAUGCGGUAAAUCUUCAUAUAUUACCGCGUUGGCCGGGGAAUUAGAACGCGGCAUUUGUGUUUUAAAUUUAUCCGAAAGAGGUCUGACGGAUGAUAGACUGAAUCACUUAUUAGCAGUAGCACCACAGCAAACGAUCAUCCUGCUGGAGGAUAUCGAUGCCGCUUUUAUCAGUAGGGAAGAUUCUAAACAAGUUAAGGCAGCAUACGAUGGUCUCAAUAGAGUAACGUUCAGUGGUCUAUUAAACUGUUUGGAUGGUGUGGCUUCUACAGAAGCUAGAAUAUUAUUUAUGACGACUAAUUAUUUGGAUAGAUUAGACCCUGCGCUCGUUAGACCGGGCAGAGUCGAUGUAAAAGAAUAUAUUGGAUGGUGCAGUACAAAUCAGGUUGAGCAAAUGUUUUUAAGAUUUUACAAGGAACCGGGCAAGGAUUCUGGUGUACUUGCAAAGGAUUUUGCGAACAGCGUCAUGUCUUUCAAGAAAGACGUCAGUCCGGCACAGAUUCAGGGAUACUUCAUGUUCCACAAAAGUAAUCCCAACGCGGUCGUAAAUAACGUCUCGCAAAUUUGGGAGCUCACGUGAUAAAAAGUGAAAUUGUAGUUAUAAUUUGAAGUAAAGCUACAUGCAAUUGGCUAGAUUAGUUCCCUUUCUGUCCAAAAAGGUACAUUUAUACUAUUCUCAAAGAAGAGAAACCAGAUUAUAGUAUGGAUAAUGAGUCUAGUUGUAGUCUAAUUGUUUUUAUUUUCCCUUAUAAAACAAAUACAAAAUGGGAUGGAGAUCUCAGUGAAAGUAGCUGAAAAUAUUUCUAUUAAUCGUGUGAUAUAUACAAUACAUGAUGAUAUUAUCGUUGACGUAAUGUCAUGUAUUGUAAAAUACAACGUCAUAUUCUCACUCGAUAUGAGUAUGUAAUACUCUACUAUUUAAUAUCAAUACAUGAAGGAAGAUGGGCAUUUGAAAUACCAACAAAAUUUAUCUACAUAUCUCACACAUUUUUCGUGUAACUAGUGCACUACUUUGCAUUUGUACCACCGGUAAUUGUAUACGGACGAAUAUCAAUGCUGCUUUAUUUAAAAAAAAUUAUAUAACAAAUACCAAUCUUUAAUU